CGGGAACUCGAACACAAAACAGCUGCCUGCAGCAGUGCAAGUCAGUGACACACACCACACCACACCACACAAAGCGAGCAGAUCCUUUGUUGUGCGGCAAGUCUCAUUGCAGAAGCAGAAGAAGGACGAGCAGAAGAAGGACGAGAAGACGAGAGACAACACAAAGGAGCAAACGGCUGCCCAAACACACACAUACAUACACACACAUACACACAUACAAGAACGAUGGCUGAUUCGUCCAACCCACCCAGCUCCCCUGGGGAGCGUCCAUCCUCUCCUCCAUUCAGUGAAGGAUACCGCUACGAUGAUGAGACAGAGGAUCUGCAGCAGCAGCAAGCUGGCGAGGACGUCGAGGAAGAGGAAGAGGGAGAGGAGCUGUUUGGAGAUGACAUGGCUCGCGAUUACCGUGUGAUUCCCCAGUUGGAUACCUACGACCCGAACAUGCUCGACGAGUCAGAGCAGCGCGAGCUGUCACUGAACGCCCGUGCGCGGGUGGAGCGCCAGCUUGCCAAGCGCGACGCAGAUGAGGCCAUGCGCGUUCGCGGCAAAACACGCCUUCCCGCAGGCCUUGGCUUUGGUGAUGAUGAGGAGGAAGACACUGGCGAGCUGCCGCGUCGCCGCCGCCGUAUUGCUGAGCGAUCCGCACGUACAGCCGAGGGCGAAGAGGACACGGAGUUCCAGGAGGACCAGGACUAUGCUGAGGACGAGACCAUCAUCGAGAACCUCGAGGAUCGCAAAGGCCACACGCUGCGGGAGUGGAUCACAAUGCGCCCGACACAGCGUGAAAUCUACAACCGCUUCAAGAACUUCCUCCGCACAGCCACAGACGACCACGGCAAGUCAAUCUACGGCAAGCGCAUUCGCGACAUGUGCGAAGCAAACGGCGAAUCACUCAUUGUCAGCUACAUUGACCUUGUGCAACCAUCUGCCUGCGAUUGCAAUCUUCACUACGACCGCAUCAAGAGUGACAUCCACGUGCGCAUUGGAGCGCUGCCUGUGCUUGAUGCCAUCCGCGACAUUCGCCAAACACAUCUCAAUGCACUGGUCAAGCUGCAGGGUGUCGUCACCCGCCGCACAGGCGUCUUCCCACAGCUCAAGCUUGUGAAGUACACUUGCGAAAAGUGCAAGUCUCCGAUUGGCCCCGUUGCACAGGACACAAUCACCGAAACCUCCGUCGCCAACUGCCCAACUUGCCAAUCCCGCGGCCCGUUCUCGGUGAACACGGAGGAGACGGUGUACCGCAACUACCAGCGCAUCACAAUCCAGGAGUCGCCCGGGUCCGUUCCGCCGGGCCGCCUCCCGCGCCAGAAGGACGUCAUCCUCCUCUGGGAUUACGUCGACUUUGUCAAGCCUGGCGACGAAGUUGAGGUGACGGGCAUCUACCGCAACAACUUUGACAAGUCCCUCAACUCCAAGCACGGCUUUCCUGUGUUCUCAACCGUCAUCGAAGCAAACUACAUUGAGAAGAAGGCCGACAAGCUCUCCACGGACGAGCUGAGCGACGACGACAUCAAGCGCAUCCGGCAGCUUGCGGAGGACGAGAACAUUGGCGCCAAGGUCAUCCGCAGCAUCGCCCCCUCCAUCUACGGCCACGACGACAUCAAGACCGCCAUUGCCCUCGCCAUGUUUGGCGGCGAGCCAAAGAACCCGGGCGGCAAGCACCGCGUGCGCGGGGACAUCAACGUGCUGCUGCUUGGCGACCCUGGCACGGCCAAGUCGCAGUUUCUCAAGUAUGUGGAGAAGACGGCGCACCGCGCGGUGUUUACGACAGGACAAGGUGCAUCUGCUGUUGGUCUCACGGCGUCUGUGAGCCGCGAUCCCGUCACGCGGGAGUGGACGCUGCAGGGCGGCGCGCUCGUGUUGGCGGACCAGGGCGUGUGCCUCAUUGACGAGUUUGACAAGAUGUCUGACCAGGACCGCACGAGUAUCCACGAGGCCAUGGAGCAGCAGAGCAUCUCCGUGUCCAAGGCCGGCAUUGUGACGACGCUGCAGGCGCGGUGCUCUGUCAUGGCCGCCGCCAACCCCAUCAAGGGCCGCUACCAGCCGGGCAAGACGUUUGCCCAGAACGUGGACCUGACUGAACCCAUUCUCUCGCGUUUUGACAUUUUGUGCGUGGUGAAGGAUGUGGUGGACGCCGUCAAGGACGAGCGCCUGGCCUCCUUUGUUGUUAACAGCCACAUCAAGAGCCACCCAGCAAGCAACGCGAUGGACGAGUCUGCGGAUGGGCUGAACGGGACGAGCGACGGCGGGAGCCUGUCGCAGGAGAUGCUUCGCAAGUACAUCCAAUAUGCCAAGCGCACCGUGCACCCGAAGCUGCAGCAAAUGGAUCAGGACAAGAUUGCCAAGCUGUAUGGCGAGCUGCGACGGGAGUCCCAACUCACGGGCAGCGUGCCCAUCACCGUGCGCCACAUUGAGUCGAUGAUUCGCAUUGCAGAGGCACACGCGCGCAUGCAUCUGCGGGACUACGUGCGCCAGGACGACGUCGACAUGGCGAUCCGCGUCACCCUCACCAGCUUCAUUGAGUCGCAGAAGUUCAGCGUGAUGAAGAACAUGCGGCGAAAGUUCCAGAAGUACAUCACGUACAAGAAGGACAACAACGAGCUGCUGAUGUUCCUGCUGUUGAAUCUUCACCAGGAGACACUGUCGUUCCACCAGACGCGCUACAACCAGGACAUUCCCGAAGUCAUUGAGAUUGACCAGGACGAGUUCCAAGCAAGGGCGCGGCAUCUGGACAUUCAUGACCUCACAGAGUUUUACAAGUUCUCCUUGGACGGAAACAAGAUCAAGAAGACAUACGAGUAA